UUGCUCAUUGUGAACGUUUAUUGCGUAGUAGUGUUUCAGUUUGUGUUUGUUUUGUUAUUAAUUUGGUCUAGAAGUGUUUCUGGAAUUUUUUUUCCAAAGAAUUUUCAAUUUAUUUUGAUUAAUUUGUCGUGAAUUUAAUUUAUUCUUCAAUUAUCUAAAAAAUGGCUCGUACUAAGCAAACAGCCCGUAAAUCGACCGGAGGUAAAGCUCCUCGUAAACAGUUGGCGACCAAAGCAGCUCGUAAAAGCGCCCCAUCGACCGGAGGUGUGAAGAAACCGCAUCGUUAUCGUCCCGGUACCGUAGCCCUUCGAGAAAUCCGUCGGUACCAGAAAUCCACCGAAUUGCUGAUCCGUAAAUUACCCUUCCAACGGUUGGUGCGUGAAAUCGCCCAAGAUUUCAAGACAGAUUUACGUUUCCAGAGCGCGGCAAUCGGUGCCCUACAGGAAGCCAGCGAAGCCUAUUUGGUCGGUUUAUUCGAAGAUACUAACUUGUGCGCCAUUCACGCCAAACGUGUUACUAUUAUGCCCAAAGAUAUCCAAUUAGCUCGUCGUAUUCGUGGUGAAAGAGCUUAAUUAACUCGUCCUUCUUUCGGUCGCCGAUUAGUAGUAAGAUUAUGGUAUCGUUUCGAAACUAAGAUUUCAGUUCAGUUUGCGUGUAUUGAAUAUAGAAGAUAUUGUACUAGCUUUAUUCUGUGUGUGAGUGUUGUUUAUAUUCUUAUAUAUAUAAUUUCUUUUCUUUUUUUCUUUUUCCUCUUCAUUCCUUUUGAUUUUUCUCUGUUAAUUGUAUGCUAAUAUUGAUUAUUAUAUUGUGCAUCAAGCAUGCGCGGGAAUACACGCAUUUCUCAUUGUAUUAAGUAUAAAUAUAUCACCUGAUUCUGGUA